CUCACACUCCGUACCUCGAGAAUCUGCGGCCGGCCAACGACACGAUGCCGCCGAAGAGGAAGGCUGCGCCCGCCGUCCAGGGCGGCGCAAAGGCAGGGCGGUCGUCUCGCAUGUCGACUCCUGGGGCGGCCACUCCACGAAGCCUCGAAAGCGCGGACGAGCCAGAUGACGACGAUAUGCCGGUCGAUGAGGUGCUCGAGCGUGAUAUUGAGAAGAACAUUGACCAGUUCUCACUCGAGAAGUAUCAGAAGAAGCAUGCUAUCCGGGAGCCGCUCUACCACAUCUUUGGUCAGAAUGACUUCUCGUAUCUUGACCUCAAGAAAGACCAUCAGAACCGCCCGCUGUGGAUCGAUCCCAAGAAGGGACGCAUCAUUCUGGAGAGCUUUAACCCGCUGGCAGAGCAGGCUCAGGACUUUCUCAUUACCAUCGCCGAACCUCAGUCACGACCGACGUUUAUGCACGAAUACGACCUCACGACGCACAGCCUUUAUGCGGCCGUUUCGGUCGGCUUGUCGCCACACGACAUCAUCAACACCCUCGAGCGCUUCCUCAAGACGCCCCUGCCAGACGAGAUCCGAGACUUCAUAAAUAGCUGCACGCAAAGCUAUGGCAAAGUGAAACUCGUCUUGAAGAACACGAAGUAUUACGUGGAGAGCCCGGACCCCAACAUGUUGCAGAUGUUGCUCAAGAACCCCAAGAUUGGGCCUCUUCGAGUUCAGGGAACUGAAGAGAUUACCACGUCAGCCGCUCCCAAGAUUGGUGGACUCGUUAUCCCUGGAACAAAGAACGCUGCAGGCGCCAAGCAAGCCAACGGGCUGCAGCAGGGGGCCGGGGAACAGCAACCGCAGGACGGGCAAAAAGCCCAGGAGGGUGACGUGCUCGCAACCCUCGAUGAUGAGGAAGACGACGAUGAUCAGGAAGUGACUCAUUCAUUCGAAAUUGCCGACAAGGACGUGGAAACCGUCCAGAAGGAGUGCCUUAACCUGGGUUUCCCAGUGUUAGAAGAGUAUGACUUCCGGAGAGAUGAGGCCAACGCAAACCUGGAUAUCGAUCUCAAGCCAGGCACUCAAAUUCGUCCAUAUCAGGAAAAGAGUCUUAGCAAGAUGUUUGGCAACGGUCGAGCAAAGAGCGGCUUGAUCGUUUUGCCUUGUGGCGCUGGCAAGACGCUUGUGGGCAUUACGGCUGCCUGCACGAUCAAGAAGGGCGUGAUAGUUCUUUGUACCAGCUCCAUGUCCGUUGUCCAGUGGCGGCAAGAGUUUUUGAAGUGGUCCAACAUCAAUCCCGACGAUAUUGUCGCUUUCACCUCGGACUCGAAAGGAUCUGUCUUCACGGGUAGCACGGGCAUCAUUGUGACGACGUACUCCAUGGUGACCCAGUCUCGAGCACGGUCCUACGACGCCGAGAAGAUGAUGAAGUUCCUGACUGGCCGCGAAUGGGGCCUCAUGCUUCUCGACGAGGUCCAUGUUGUGCCCGCGAACAUCUUCCGAAAAGUCACAUCGUCGAUCAAGACGCAUUCCAAGCUGGGACUUACGGCUACACUACUGCGAGAGGACGACAAGAUUUCAGAUCUCAACUUCCUCAUCGGGCCGAAGCUCUUUGAGGCGAACUGGAUGGAGCUGUCAAAACAGGGCCACAUCGCGAGGGUGCAGUGCGCCGAGGUGUGGUGUCCGAUGCCCACCGAGUUCUACGACGAGUAUCUGCGAGCUCCUUCGCGCAAGAAGAAUCUGCUUUACAUCAUGAACCCGCGCAAGUUUCAGGCUUGUCAGUACUUGAUCAACUACCACGAGUCGAGGGGCGAUAAGAUCAUUGUAUUUUCCGACAACGUCUACGCCCUCAAGGCCUACGCUUUAAAACUCGGCAAGGCCUUCAUCUACGGCAGCACCGGCCAAGCGGAGCGACUGCAAGUACUGGAGAACUUUCAACACAACCCACAGGUCAAUACGCUGUUUCUAUCCAAGAUUGGAGACACGUCCCUCGACCUGCCGGAAGCUACGUGCUUGAUCCAGAUCUCGUCCCACUACGGUUCUCGGCGUCAGGAGGCACAGAGGCUUGGGCGGAUCCUUCGAGCGAAGCGUAGGAAUGACGAAGGAUUCAACGCCUUCUUCUACUCUCUGGUGUCGAAAGAUACGCAGGAAAUGUACUUUUCGUCGAAGCGACAGGCGUUCCUCGUGGAUCAGGGGUACGCUUUCAAAGUCAUCACCCAACUUGCCAACAUAGAAAAGACGCCCGGCCUAGCCUUUGCCACGGCAAGCGAGCGGCGAGAGCUUCUGCAAAAGGUACUGGUGGAGAAUGAGUCGAUGGAAGAUGAGGAUCCGACGGAUGACCUCUUCCACAGCGGCACGAUGGGGCGCAAGAAGAAGAAGGCGCGGCGCACGGCGGGGACGUUGGGCGAGCUUAGCGGCGGGCAGGACAUGGCUUACAUUGAGCAGAACAAGAGGGUCAACCAGUCGCUCAAGAAGAAGAAUGGCAAGGACAGCAGUGCAUUUUUCAAAAAGAUUGGGCGGGAGAACGCGCGUCGGGCGGCUGCCAAGUAACUCACGAUGCACGUAUGAUUAUUUGGGAGGGGGGUUUUCCUUCCCGUGGGGACGGCGUUUGGCAGCGAUGGAUACACUCGAAAUCUGGCGUUCAAUGGCAAGGGCUGUAAUAGAAUGAUACAUGGUGCGUUACCAGCGGGCGAGCUUCGUAAGACUGAGUAGUUGAAAUGGACUACGCGGCGCUGCCGUAGCGCGGAGCUCGAUCGAUGAGUGAGUCACGCAUUGGAUCGCAGGUGGCGUGACGAGCACAAAGGCGUCUGGGCGGGCGCGCUUGUGAUGAACGAGUGAUCGUCGGUGAGCUCAUCGAUCAGUGUGCGCCGAGGCUCUUCAGGUGAUGGGCGCAGCCGUUGGAGCUGGCCAUGCUGGCUGUGCAUAAGAAAGCUAAGCAGAAGCGCCUGCGAAUGGAUGUGGUUCGGCGAGCGUGAUGAUAAGGCUGCCGCUGUAGAAUGUCGUUGGCGGGACACGAGGACAGACCGUGGGGGAGCUCGAAUCAGACAAGGCGAUCGGCGGGCUCGGCUUCCGGAAGCAUAUUGGGGUGAAACGUGGCAGCGGGCGCAACCAGGACAUGGCUGUCUGUCGUUCACGCACCAGACGGGAUGCCGCAUGAUGCGGCUCGUGACAUGACGUCGCGGUGGUGGACGGGCGGGAUGCGACGGGUUGUUUUGGGGGCAGUGUAACAAGCGGCGGCGUGUGUGUGCAGCUACCUCUGUACAAGCUGUAGUAAUUCG